AGCGCCGCUUCUUGGAGGACCCACCGUAACCUCCAGGGGCGCAGAGGGGGGGUGGCUCACCCCAUCCCCAACCUUUCCUCCCGCUUGGGGGGCCCAUUUGGGCUCUUUAAGUGCCCCCCGGAGCGGGGUUAUUCAUUAUCCAGCCCGCCCUCCCCAGGGCUUGCCUGCUCCAUGCUUCCUGCUCGGCGGCAGCGGGGCCGUGCUGCCGGCGCUGCCGGAAAACUUUGGACCUGCCCCGCUUGGCUGCCUCUGGGAUGAGACCCUGGGGGGGUGAAGAGAACAGACCCGAGGGUCCUGGUUCUGGGGGACCCCAAUAUCCUGGUUCGUGGAAUCCAGGGAUCCUGGUCCUGGAGGACACCGAAUUCCUGUGGAACGAAAGGGUCCAGGGGUCUUGCUCCAUGGGGUACAGGAAUCCUGAGGGUCCCUGAUGAGACCCAGGGGUUCUGGUCCACGAAAUUCACAGGAUCCCGAACUCCUGAGUCCUGCCCCCCCUCAGCAGGAUCAGAGCAGGGAGGGUUCAUGGCAGCAGGGCUGGACGUGAGGCUCAGCACUGCUCUGAGCCACUGUCAUCCCACAGGAGCCCCCUGUCACCCCACCGGCUGUGGAGCCCCCCUGUCACCCCCAGCAUGGAGCGGGGUGGGCUGGGGCUGGCCAGCGACCGGAGCCUUGCAGCCCCCAGCAGAGACACCCUCAGGCCAGGGACACUCCCCAGCUUGUCGGACCUGGGGGACCCUGUGGACACCGUCAAGAGGGAGGAGAAGAAGAUGAAAGCUGCUCGCCUCAAGUUCAACUUCCAAGCUGAGUCUCCCAAGGAGCUGACGCUUCAGAAGGGGGACAUCGUCUACAUCCAUAAGGAGGUGGACAGGAACUGGCUGGAGGGGGAGCACCACGGCCGCGUGGGCAUCUUCCCCUCCAACUACGUGGAGAUCCUGCCCCCUACGGAGGUGCCCAAGCCCAUCAAGGCUCCCACGCUCCAGGUUCUGGAAUACGGGGAGGCGCUGGCGCUCUACAACUUCCGAGGGGAUCUGCACGUGGAGCUCUCCUUUCGCAAGGGCGAGCGCAUCUGCCUGGUGCGGCGGGUGAACGAGAACUGGUACGAAGGGAGGAUUUCGGGCACCAGCCGCCAGGGCAUCUUCCCCGCCACCUACGUGCAGGUGCUGAAGGAGCCGCGGGUCAAAGCCUCCGCCGAGGACAUCCCCUCCUCUCCCGCCCCCGCCAGCCCCCGGCCCGCGGCCGGAUCCCCGUCCCUGCAGCGCUCGCCCGGUGCCCGGAUCCCCCAGGCUCCCCCCG